GAGAUGGCAGGGGUGUCGCCAGUGCUGUACUCACCAACACAGCAGGCAUAUCCAACGCCCUCUCCCUUCACAAACACCUCAGGAAGUUGGAGUAGCUCUCACCCAACCUUCCUUCUCUACUCCAACCUUGUCCUUCGCUUCUUUUCCUUUCUCUUCUCCGCUGUUUCCGCCAUCUCCCUCGCCGCUCCACUCUUCCACAAACGUCCUUUCUUCGGCGAGUAUGACGAGCUCAGGUACUGCUUUGGCGUUGCCAUCUUAGCUACCCUUUACUCAUUUUCUCUGCUCUUCAAAGGCUUACAUGACAUUGCUUUCAAAGGUCUUCUCAUUUCAGAUAAUCUAUGCGACUCCAUCACAUUCGUCUUUGACCAGUUGCUAGGGUACUUGCUUAUGUCCUCAUCGUCAGCGGCAGUGCCCGCCAUCAAACAGAUGGGAUCGAAUGAUGGACUGAAGGGAUUGAAGAAGGUAGCGAUCGCAUCGACCACCAUGUCUUUCGCGACAUUCCUUGCUAUUGCAGCUUGUGCACUUAUAUCCGGUUACAAGCUAUGCAAGAGGAUCAUCUGGUGACUUUUAUUGUAGCUGAUCAGAGAGUUCCACUCGUGGAAGUGCUUUGACUGUGUAUAACUCGUUGAGACUUGUGGAGAACAUUAGGACCAUCGGAUGAAUGGAUUGGAUGGCAUGUAAAUAUA